GAGAAAUGAAGAAAGGCAAAGAUUUACCAAAGGAUUCGUGUAUUGAGCAAGAUAGUGAGAAAGAGUGAAAGUGUUUAGAACAGUUAAUGCAGUCAGUGUUAAUCUUCACCUAUUGAAUCCCAGAGUGAUUUACAGAUGAAUACGGAUGAACCAAUUCCUCCACAAUGGUUGAUAUAUGGUUAUAUCACGGCCGUUGGUUCAUUUUCCCUCUUUUACGGAAUUGAAAAUGCUCUUGAUGUUUACCGUUCCUCUCUAGAAUCAGUUCUUGCAUCAAAAGAAUCUACAAGAUCUAUUCGACGCCGGUGGAAUUGGCGCAAAUUCAACAAUACAAUUAUUUCUCUGAUUCAUGCUACUCUCUGUUCAAUUGGAUUGGUCAUUUCGUUAAUUCUUUACCCUUCACUUCAAACUGAUUUAGUCUUUGAUUGUCAUCUUUUACCAUAUCUUGUCAUUUCCUUUUCCACUGGCUAUUUCAUCAAAGAUUUUCUAACCAACCUUUUGCGAAGAAAUGAAUUUGCUCGAAGCUGGACCGAAAGCUCGGAGAUCCUGUUACAUCAUGUUGUCUGUGUUUUAGAUAUGACCAUCUCUAUUAACAAAUAUCACUACACUGGUGGCCUCAUGUUUGCUCUUCUUGCUGAAUUGAACAACACUUUUCUACACACUAGAUCACUUCUUUUGAUGGGCAUUGGAAUACCGAAUGAUGGAACGCUAUUUCGAGCAGUUUCCCACCUUAAUUUAAUAACCAAUUUGAUUUUCCGAUGUCUACCUAAUUUUUUCCUCGCUUAUCGUUUUGUAUUUACUUCACCUACUGGAGAUCCGCAACUGGACAAACUUAUUCCCAAAUUUGAUCUAUCCUUAAUUACUUUCUCACUUCUUCUCCUGAUGACUUACCAAAGUGUCAUGUUUUUCCGGAUCUGUAGUCGUGAUUUCAAAAGACACAAACUCAAUUGAUUAAAGAAGAUUCUAAGAGCGAUGUAUAGAUGUCCAAGAUACGCAAGGAAGGAUAGUUACCAAAUUUUUAGAAUAAAAUUUAAAUUAAAGGCUAAUUAAUCAAGAACAAGAUUAACCAGUUCAAAGUUA